AUGACCAGUGCUCCAUGCGCACACGAAUCCACCAUUUUGUUCCGAUUCCCAUCGUCGUCUGGGAGUCUGUCUCCUCCUCCCAUCUUACCAUUGUCGCCCGAUCUGGCGUACCAAAACCAACCGGGGCCCUCCAAUCUCUACCUCGCCCUCCCGCCGCCUGAAGACGAGAUCCCCGACCUUGACGAGUUACCCUCCAAACAACCACCCUUGCCCCCACCUACCACGCCUGCUCCUACCAUGUCAGGACACCACCGCAUCACUCUCGCCACCAACCCCCCCUAUUUCAAUGGGGACAAGACCAAAUACAUGGGCUUCGUGGACUCGUGCACCACCUACAUUGGUGCAUACCGGUCAGAAUUCUUGCUGGAUGAAACCAAAAUCCUCUUCAUCCUCUCGUACCUCUGCAACGAGACUGGCACAAGCUGCGCCGCCUCAAGAUGGGCGAUGAACUGGAAGCAGCGCAACUUCGAGAGCCUUAAUGGACUGAAGGCUGGGGCGUAUGGCGCCUUCAAGGACUGGUGUAUCAACAUCGAGGCAAACGCUCUGCACGAUCAGCUGCGCAAAGCAUUGCAUGGGCACUCCGCACCACGACCGCCUCCCCAGUUUCGUCCCCAGGCGGCACCAGCCGCGCCCACACCCGCUCCAACCCGACCCGCCGCUAACAAACCAGUUCCAAUAGAAAUUGAUCGCACCCAUGCCCGGGGCCGCAAUAUCAUUUGCUACAACUGUCAGCAACCCGGACACAUUGCGCGGAACUGUCCAGAACCGAGGAAGAAGCGCACAUUCUUCAACAGGGCCACGAUGCUUGAAGAGAUCGAGAACGGGGACAAGGACAACGAGUUCCUCAAGGAGAUCACCGAGAAGCUGCGCGAGAAGGGUUUUUGA